AUGGCUCCCGCUAACCUCCCCUCGAUCUUCAAUGCCACUUCCCAGGACAUUGAGAUGCUGCUUGCAGCUCAAGCCCACCUGGGAAGCAAGAACCUCCAGGUUCACAUGGAGCCCUACCUGUGGAAGACCCGUGCCGACGGUGUCAACGUGAUCAACGUUGGCAAGACCUGGGAGAAGAUUGUCCUCGCCGCCCGCAUCAUCGCCGCCGUCGACAACCCAGCUGACAUUUGCGUCAUCUCUGCCCGUCCCUACGGUCAGCGUGCCGUCCUCAAGUUCGCCGCCCACACCGGCGCCGUCGCCAUUGCCGGUCGCUUCACCCCCGGUUCCUUCACCAACUACAUCACCCGCUCUUUCAAGGAGCCCCGCCUCAUCAUCGUCACCGACCCCCGUACCGAUGCCCAGGCCAUCAAGGAGGCUUCCUACGUCAACAUCCCCGUCAUCGCCCUCUGCGACACCGACUCCCCCACCGAGUACGUCGACGUUGCCAUCCCCACCAACAACAAGGGUCGUCACUCCAUCGGUCUCGUCUGGUGGAUGCUCGCUCGUGAGGUCCUCCGCCUCCGCGGCACCAUCUACAACCGCGAGACCCCCUGGGACACCAUGGUCGAUCUGUACUUCUACCGCGACCCCGAGGCUGAGGCCGAGGAGAAGGUCGAGGAGGAGAAGCUCCCCGGCGUUGAGGAGGAGGGCGUUGCCGCCAUUGAGUCCGGCUUCCCCGCCACCGGCGACUGGGACGCCCAGGCUCCCGGCUUCACCGGUGCUCAGGCUGGUGCCAACUGGGACGGUGCUGGUGACGAGUGGGCUGCCGCUGGCGCCGCUCCCACCGGUGACUGGGCCGCUGCUGGCGACGCUGCCGCUGCUGCCCCCAAGGAGUCUUCCUGGUAA